AUGGUCUCCAAACUCAGUAGUUCGUCCGAUCCGAUCGAUCGGUAUAUUUUUGAACAUUCUAUUCGUUUAACUGAUGAACAAAAUGAGAUCAUUCAGUACACAUCAACUCUUCCAGGUCGGUUACCACACAUGCUCGGCUCCGUCGACGAAGCGCAGUUUUUUCAACUUAUUAUUCAAUCUAUGGAAUGCAAACGAUGCAUUGAAAUUGGAACAUUUACUGGUUAUACCGCAUUGGCUAUCGCAUCGGUUCUUCCAUCUGAUGGUCAUCUAUUCACGUGUGAUAUAGAUGAUCAAUAUAUUCGAAAAGAUAUCUGGAAGAAGACUGGUGUAGACGAGAAAAUCACUGUAAAACUUGGACCAGCGGUUGAUUCACUGAAAACCUUAUUGGAAGAAAAUGGUCCGGGAUCAUUUGAUUUCAUCUUUAUCGAUGCUGACAAAGUGAAUUACUUGGAAUAUUAUCAGUUAGCUGUAGAAUUAGUUCGUGUGAAUGGUUUGAUUGCAAUUGACAAUACACUUUGGGGUGGAAAAGUCAUCGAUGAAACAAAUACCAUUGCAGACUCAGUCACAUCCUGCGAAAAACAUAACAUCAUCACGACAAGUACACGUCAAUAUGAAUCAAGUUCGCCGGUUAUAUUACCUGGCGCCAUUUCUGCUCCCGGAUUCAAUACUUCAGCUGGUACUAUCGAUGACGACAGUAUUGUUAUCACUCUUCACGUGAAUAUCAGUUUGUGGAAAUAUACAACUAAUACUGUUGUUGUCAGAACGAAUGAAGUGCGUUGUUCUUUCAAUAUCAAACGAAUACGAAUUUAG